AUGUUGUCUCGUACAUCUGCUCGACAACAACGUAUGCGUCAACAAACGCUAAAUGAGGAACGCAUUGCACAAGAUCAGUUAGGACCUAGAACAUCAAAUGAAUGUCGUUCAAAAGGAUCCAAGUUGAUUAUAAGUAGUCCAACGACAACGUCACAUCCAUCUCUUAAUAUUCUCCUCUCUGGAUCUCAAGCUCCAACGCAACAUAUAGAUGAUACUUCAAAGUUAAGUAGUCAGUACAAUCGAGGAUUCGGAGCUAGUGCCCUUCUGGCUUCUUUGAAUGCAAGUGGCCAGCAAUAUCAAAAUACAGCAACUCACCCAACAAGAUUUUUCCUAUCACAGGAAGAUUCACAAUCUAUGGUGUCCAGUGUACUGCAGGAGAAAAGUAAUCAACAACUGAAUUCAUCCGUUGAUAAUUGUAAAUCAUCUUUGAUUACAUCGAACGCUAGCGCCAAUGCUCCUGCGAACCAGCAUUCUGUAGAUAGUCGUAAUUCAAUACAUUUAAUGACUGCUGCUAAUACUUCGAAUGCAACUAGUACUACUAAUACCACCAUCACGGGUAAUAGUGGUAUUAAUGCUACAAACAAGGCAGUUAGUCAAACAGUACCUAUGCAUUUUACAGAACAUAGUUCAGCUCAACGUCAUGUACAAUCUCAUCUUCAUUCAAAGCAUAGCAGUUUUGAUGGCACAUCUCCGAAUACACAGAUCAAGUCUAAUUCAGAAUUGAGUGUACUAGAAAUGGGAUCCAAUGAUUCGCCUACCCCAUCGGAUAUGAAUUCUCCGGUUGAAUCAUGCUUUGCAAAUAUCAUGGAAGAUCAAGGUAGUGAUAGCUUUGAUUUAAAUAAUAUUACACCAUCCAUUAAUCUCUCAUCAUCUGUCGGCGUGUCUGAUUCAACUAUUGAUUUUUCACAUCAAACUACUGAUUCAUCAGAACGACUACAACAAUCAGUAACCACAACAAUGCCAAUAGUAACAAACAAGUUAGAUUCACUUGCACAGAUUAGUCCUAUGGAUAUAAAUUCAAUUUUUCGCAAAGAAAAUACUAAAUCAAAUCGAGAUGAAGCUUGUAUGAAAGUUUCCUCAUCAUGUCCAGCUGUUGUACCUGAAGAUUUACAACAUAUGCUAGAUAGUACAAGUCCUGUACAAUCUGGAUCCAGAGCGCCACAGUCUGUGCUUAGUGAAAGCGGUAGCAGUCCUUCAGGCUGUAUGAAUAAUUCCUCCGAAACUGCUGGUAUUCCAAUGAAUCAUGGUUCGUCGGGUGUAGGAAAUCUGUCAUCAUCUGCAGGAAAUCGAAGUGCAGAUGAUCAACGAGUGGCUUGGAUAAAAGAUCGAACGAAGAAGGACAGUCAUAACCGAAUUGAACGUAAACGAAGGGAUUAUAUUAACUGUCAAAUAGCUGAACUUGGAAGUUUGUUACCUGAAGACAUGUUCAGAGAUGGUGAUGGUAAAAAGAACAAAGGUAAUAUUUUAAAGAAUUCUGUGGAAUUUAUUUGUUUGUUGCGGUCAGAAUUGGCACAAAUACCUGAGGUUCGUCGAGAGACAAGUUUAGCUGCAAAAGUUAUCGGCCAGUUAGUUAAACGUAUUCAGGAGUUAGAAUCAAUUACCAAUAUGAGCUCAAGCCAACAGCAUAACAGUAGAAGUAAUUCUGAUUAUCAAAGUUUAUUACAAGAAUGGGUUAUGUUACAUGAAAAUAAUCUACAAAAUUCAAUGUCAAUAGGUACAAAUAGUUCACCUGUUACCAGGCACUCAUUUCCACAGACAGAUACAGCUGGAAGCUCUUCACCAGGUUUAUCAUCUGUCGGUACAGAAGAAAUGAUUAACAGUGAUACAAAAGUGGCUUUUUCAAAUUCUGUUCCUGUACCGAUUGUUGGAUCCGCCCCUGUACCAAGCAAUCCUUUAGGCAGUUGUUCUAGAAUGAAUUCACCUAUUUCUAAUAUGAAUUUAGUAUCCCGACCUACUGCUGGCAGUGCUGUCACAGAUUCACCAUUAAGAUUAAUGCGUACACGGUGUACAUCGCUGACAGUGUCUACAAUUGGCGCGAAUAGUUUCAGUGGUGAUGGAAAUAUGCCUGGUGGUGGUAGUAGUACUAGCAGUGGUAUACGUCUCCAUGGUUCUGAAUAUCAGUCACAGGCGAACAGAUUACGAUCUCAGCGGGUAUUACAACAACCACAUCAAUCACCACAACUACGCAUUUUUCAACCAAAUAACCAGUCAGGAAUGACAAGUCAAGGUGCUUUACGCAAUUCACAAUUUCAAUCAAAACAUAUACCACAAAAUCAUUAUCCAUCAUCCUCAUUAUCUCCACAACAUCAUUUUAAUAUGCAGCGUCAAGUGAUUCCUUCACCGAGUGGGCUAGCUGGUGGAUCAAAUCGAAGUCAAGAGUUGAACAAUUCAUCACAUUGCCUUAGUGCAAGUUUACCGGUGAAUGUUAAUCCAUUAUUAUGUGGUUUACAGGAUCCUGAUAUUAGCGAUAUAACUGAUGAUAAGUGUUCACAGAUGUAUUUAUUUGAUUCAUCAAGUUCAUUUAUUCCCCAAUUAAAAUCUGAACCAAUAUGUGAAACAGAUUCAGCAUAUAAUGCAAUGCAUUCAUUAGGUUUAGAUUUAUGUCAUGGUAAUACAGGUAAUACAAUUUUAGAACCAGUUACACAAUUUGAUCCAAUAAUUGCAUCUGUUGUUCAAACUGCUCAACAUCAUCCUCAACAACAUCGACAACAACACCAUCACCACCAACAACAACAGUCUCAAGCGACACAUCAUCAGCAUCCUACUCAUCAAUAUUAUCAUCAUCAACAACAGCAACAUCAGUAUCAUCAUCAUCAACAACAACAACAUCCUUCGUUAAAUCAUCCUGGAAUACCAUCCUCGAAGACACUGGAUUCAUCUACUCCACCUAUUGGAUUAGAUAUAGACGAUUUUCAAUUUGAUGAUGUCCCUAUGGAAUAA